CACGCGGUGGCGCUGAGGCUCAUCCGAGGUCUCUUUCAAGGAGUUUGUAUUUUCUGGCGAUUCUUGUUCAUACCAAGUUUUUUUUCUGGAUAUGUACGUACGCAGGCGAGAAACGACACCGAUAAACGUGGACUCGAGGAUUGUCGGCAUUUCAUUAUCGUAUGCGAGGGGGCAACCGAUGUGAGCCGAUGUUCGAGAAACGUAUCUAGCAUCAUCUCGCGCGACAUCGCGAGACAAUCCGCGAAGAGGAGAGCCGAACAGCUGAAGGGAGAAGCGAUCAGGCAUGCUUAAUUGCGGCACAGAGGAAUCCUUAUUUACAUUUAGUUAAAGCAAGCUAUUUCACGCGACGGGGGCGCGGCACUGUGCCCCAAAUAAGCAGGUAUCCGUGGGAAGUGAAGGAUUAUUCGGCGUAAUUUUCUACAAUAUUCAUUUGCCCUGUCGGACAGUAUGGAACGGGAGAAAAACGAGAGGUUAAGCGCGAGGAAGUUUGAAGAGGAGGAGAUGAAACGGAAACUCACGAAUAUUGGAAUAUACGAGCCAGAACUCACGUACAAACAAAUGAAAGAGUUACUUGGAUUUAUCAAUGAGCCUCAAGAUACUUUAAACGUUAUCUCCAAUAAUAAAGAUACGCACAAGGAGCAACAUAUUAAUAAUCAACAUCUCUCGGAAAUUACGUCUGAUGUAAAUGCAUCACAAGAAUUGGCUUUACAGGAAUGUACAGAGAUACCUAGACCAUCGUACUCUUAUAGAUCGAAUCAUAUAUCUUCAACGGAGCAUAAGACUAGUCACUAUGUCAACGAUCCAGAAUCCCCGUCUCUUUUCGAAGCACGAAAUCCUAUGUACAGGCGCAAAAGCUCAGAUAACGAGGAAAUAUUCGAGAGCACCAAUUCUACCCACAGUACAAAUCGUUUCCUCUCGUUGAGAUCAACAAAUGUUUCACGAGAGAGCCAAAACGCGACGGACAAAAAAACAGCGCAGGAUACGUCGAGCGAGUUGGAUCAGAAACUGGACAGAUGGCAAAUGAACCCGCUCGAUGUUUGUAUCAACGAAAUUGACGUGCCUUUGCAACAACCAAACCGAACCUCGGCUAAAGAACGUGUGCCAUUUAAGUACUGCGAGGAAACGCACACGACCGAGCAGCGCGACCAAGCAAUACGAUGUGUGAGCCAGCAUUUGCAGAAAGUAGCAGAAUCUUGGUACAAUUGGCAGCCUGCUGCUAAUUCGAUAUUCCGAUGGGGGUCACCCAUUCAGGUCGGCACCGCUAACGGUAGCUUGGAUAAAAAGCCAUUAACAGAAUCUAAGACUGAACAGAUGAAAACCGAAUGUACAUAUAGAGAUAGUCACGAGCGAGCUAGCAAACGUAAAGCGAGCUCUCUCAUUGCUAGUCUGAAUAAAGAGAGCUCCACCGAGGACGAGGAUGACAAGUGGCACGAUUUUGCUCGCAUUAAGAAAAAAAGAGCACAGUUCGAUAGUAAAUCGAGUAACGCACAACGUGCUGUGAAUCGGCAUCAUAGUAACAAUCAUGAAGAAGCAACGUCGAGCGUGAUCGCACAUCAAGGAAACUCCAUCGAUGAUGAGAAUAGCGAUAUAGAAUUCAACGAUGACGAUAUUAAAUCUCUAUGCCGUAAGAAAAUCAAUGAAGAAGAUAAAAGAGAAUAUAAGGAGGAUAAAGAGGAUAUAUCGAUGGCAUCAAAUAUAUAUCCGAGAAGAAUAGUACCACCCAAUCCUAAGGCACGUCCAGGUCUGUCGAGGCAAAGAAAGGGAACGGCGAAAUCGUCCUCGAAGACACGGCGCAUCGUGAAUAAAGUUAUCGAACACCCGAAAAUGCAAAAGGAUACAAUGACAGACGAUGAAAUCCAAAAAAUGGUGGAAAGCUGGAAUAGUGACGAGGAAGAGAUUUCGGUGGAAAAGCACCCGGAAAUACGACCAUUGCCACUAUCGAAAGAGGUACGAUCGAAAUUACACGAGAAACGACUGUCGCUUCAUAAAAUAGAAACUGUGAAAGAAACGAAUGCAGCAACAAAGGAAGAAGAAAGCGAUAGGGAACGGAAUAAGGAAAAGAGACCAAAACUCUGCGAACGAAAGAAAGAAGAAUCUAGGAUGAAGAAUGGAAAUGGGAGCUGGGAGCAUCAACUACUGUCUGAUGAUGAGGACAAGCCAGAUGAAACGAAUCAAGAGUUGGAUGUACAGAAUGGCAAUCAAUCUGAUAAGGUAUUUACUUCGACAAAUAAUGUAAGUUGUCCUAUAUGCAACAAGUUGUUUCCGGAUAACGAAAUAGAGAAUCAUGCCGCUUAUUGCGAACAAUUCGACACGAAUAAUGAAGAAGACGAUAAUGACAAGAACAAAUUGGAAUGUAGUAUAUGCAACAAUUACAAAACUACUGAUGGAAUCGAAUAUGAGGAGCAUGUUCACCAAUGUAUCAGUAGGCGCGAUAAGAGGCAUUCACGUGGAUCUCAAGAUAUCGAUACUGCACCUGCUUCAUCCUUUCACACUUAUAAGCCAGUAAUAGAUGAACAGAAAGAUUCCGAAAUAGCUUAUUUGGGUCAUUUUCCCUCUGAUAAUAAAACUAAUAAACUUAAAAAAUUGAAUACCAAUAGAAAAAGAAAAUUAUAUACCGAAAAAUUACCUCAUACUCUCAUGCUUCAGUAUACAUCAGCCACAGUUAUUAAAAUGAAGCUCUUUAUUUUGACAUUAUGGAUUUUAUCCUUAAUAAGUGUACACUGUCAAUCUAUAACCCUAAAUGGAGAAUGGAAAGGGACUAUUAAUACUUGUGAUAAGAAACCCUUUCCAGGAUGCGAUAAUGACAUCAAUUUUAGUGCAACUGUUCCUGGAGGAGUUUAUACAGAUUUAUCUAAAAAUAAUAUAAUAGAAAACAACCUAUUUGGAAGGAAUGAUAUCAAUAAUCGUUGGGUCGGGAAUCAAUCUGUCGUUUAUACUAAAAAUGUUAAUGUAACCAGUGAUUUUCUAAGAACUCGCAAGACAGUCUUGAUUUUUUAUGGAAUUGACACAUUUGCCAAUGUCUCCUUGAAUGACCAUAUGAUUGGACAAACUUCAAAUAUGUUCCUAAGAUAUAUUUUUGAUGUAACAGAUUAUAUCAAGGAAGGCCAGAAUUUGCUGCGAGUCGCAUUUCGUUCCUCUGUCAAAGUAGCCGAAGAUUUAUAUAAUGAACAUAGGAAAAGUUAUGUUGUACCACCAGUGUGUGUACCCAAAGACUAUCAUGGGCAGUGCCAUGUAAAUCAUAUUCGUAAGAUGCAAGCCAGUUUCUCUUGGGAUUGGGGACCAGCUUUUCCCUCAGUUGGCAUUUGGCGAGAUGUCGAGUUGGUUUCUGUAAAUGACCUAUUGCUCAAGGAUGUUACAACUGACAUACGCAGAGAGAAGGACACCUGGAAUGUCCUUGUUACAAUAUUUCUCGAGAUGACGCAGAACGAAAACGAAGAAUUAAUUAAUUGUCACGUCACAUCGAUAUUACAUGUUUCGCAAAGCAUACUUUACAGUAAUACCAGUGAAAUCAUGCUUGACACGAGCAAAAAAUACAUGAACAUUAACAUCUCCCUUACCGUGCCUGCAUAUGCCGUUGAGAACUGGUGGCCAAAUGGCUAUGGCAAGCAACCUCUGUACUAUUUAACUACCACCCUGACAACGGCAAAUGAUGUAUUGCAUAAACGGAUCCGCGUGGGAUUCAGAACGAUAGAACUGGUGGAGGAACCUCUGGAAAAGGGACUGAGCUUUUACUUUCGCGUGAACGACGUGCCGAUCUUUGCUAAAGGCAGUAAUUUUAUCCCAGCCAGCGUCUUCCCCGAAUGGGGCGCGAAGGAAAACACCAUCAGACACUUGCUAUUAUCCGCCAAAGAAACGCACAUGAACAUGCUGAGGGUAUGGGGAGGCGGUGUCUACGAGUCCAAAUUAUUUUACGACUUGGCCGACGAAUACGGGAUUAUGAUUUGGCAAGAUUUCAUGUUCGCGUGCGCCAUGUAUCCCACAGAUGAUUCCUUCUUGAAGAAUGUCGAGCAGGAAAUAGUGCAGAAUGUGAUACGUCUGAAGAAUCAUCCAAGCAUCGUACUCUGGGCUGGUAAUAACGAAAACGAAGCAGCGUUGUAUGGAGAUUGGUACGGCACCGGAACCGCUCAAGUCUAUAGAGACGAUUAUAGGAAACUUUACGUGAAUCUGAUUAAGAGAGAGGUGGAGAAACUAGAUCCCGGAAGAUUAUUUGUCGUAUCUAGUCCGGGUAACGGGGUGUACGAGGAGACGUACAACUACACCGGAGCAAAUCCUUACUCCAAUCUCUUCGGCGACGUUCACUAUUAUAACUACCUCAGAAAUGGAUGGGACAUUACUCAGUAUCCUCGGACAAGAUUUUGCUCCGAAUAUGGAUUUCAGUCUUGGCCGUCGAUGUACACGCUAGUGACCGCUGUGGAAAGCGCAAAAGAUCUUAACGUGGGCAGCGAUUUUGUGCAACACCGGCAGCAUCUGCCAUUUGGUAACGAGUACAUGCGACUGUUGAUCUCGUACAACUUUGCCAUGCCGCAGAGUAACAAUAGCGUUCGGGAUUUCGCGAAUUACGUUUAUCUCAGUCAGAUCAAUCAAGCUGUUUCCAUGAGGAUACAAACGGAAGCUUACAGACAGGCCAAAAGUGAAGUGAAUAACGUAACAGGCGAAGGUAUGACAAUGGGAGCUCUUUAUUGGCAGCUCAAUGAUGUUUGGCAAGCUCCUUCAUGGUCUUCGAUAGAUAUCGAAGGUCGUUGGAAGAUGCUUCAUUAUUACGCCAAAGAUUUCUUCGCACCCAUUAUUGUUACAUCACACUUAUCCACUUCCAAUGAACUCUCAAUAUAUGUUGUAUCUGAUCUACGAUACGGGUCAAAAAAUUGUACAGUUGAAAUUUGUGUCUACAACUGGAAUUCCACAACACCCAUAUUCACAAAAUCUUUCGAUGAUAUUACAAUAGAAGCCAAUGAAGCCAAGAGAAUUACGUCAUUUUUGCUGGACGAUUUUCUCGUUCAAGUUUGCGGAUCAUUGGAAUCCGCCAAGAAGUCUUGCAUAAUUACUUUAUCUCUCACAGAUAUAGCUGACUCUUUGAUCGCAGUCAAUUAUGUUUAUCCUGGUGCACUAAAAAAUGCAAAUGUACCAGUAGCCAAUGUUACUAUAAAACUCGAAGAGGAUCAUCUGUUACCUGGAAAACUUUCCAAUUAUCCGGAUUUCAAGAUUGAACUAUCGACAGACAAUAUAGCGCUCUUCGUGUGGUUAGAAGUGGGUAAUAUACGCGGUCGUUUUUCCGAAAAUGGUUUUCACAUGUUUGAGAAGAAGAAGGAAAUUAUUUUCCAUGCCUACGAAGGGACCACGAUCGAAUUGUUGCGGAGCAACAUAAGGCUCGUUACAUUGUCCGACAUUUAUAACGCACGUGGCAAUUUUCAUGACGACUAUUUUGUUAAAGAAACGAAAAAUUUAUAUUAAUCGUACGUAACAUUUUAUUUACAUAAUUACAUAUGAAAUAAAGAUCGAUUUAAGAAUUACUUUAUAUAUACCAUAAUUUAUUUGCGAUAAAUCUAUUGUACACAAACUUUUUAUCGUGAUAUAUAAAUGAACUCUUUUUU